AUGUCCAUUGCUGAAACUUAUUUACUCGCCAGUAAGGCAAGAGCCAAAUUAACAAAAGAAGCUGCUAAAGGCGACCAUGAUUUAAGAGUGCUAGUGUCCCAUGCAAACUUAUUAGAUAACUUGAUGGAAUCUAUUCAUAACCACAAGUUCCCAAAACAACAACAACAACCAUCAUCAAUUUUACACAAAACUACAACACCAUCCAACUUACAUCACACUACAACUGUUACAUUUGUUGAUGAAGAUGAAUUAGAUGAUGAAUUUUCUAGUGAUGAUGAUGUCGUUGAAGAUGAUGAUGAAAUAAAUUACACUAUAAACUACGAUUCUGAUAGUGAUAGUGAUUCUGAAGAUGAUGAAGACUAUGAAGAUUAUGAAUUUGAAUCUGAAGAAGAGGAUGAAGAAGAAGAUAUCACAGAUGUUAAAGAUGAAGAUCCAUGGAGAAUAAGAUUCUCAUAUCAUAAUGAAAAUGAUUCAAGUCUAAAUUUUAGACAAUUACCAACAAUUGAUGAAUUAACUGAACAAGAAUUACAAACUUUAGAAGAAAAUGAAAGUGAAUCUGAAAGUGAGGGUGAACCUGAAGAAGCUGAUAUUGUGGAUAUAAUAUAUUCAAAUCAACCACCUCAGUUAUCUUAUUCAACUACAGAUGAAAGUGAAAGUGAAAGUGAAGAAGAAGAGCUACAUAAUGAAGAACAUCAUGAUCAUAAAUAUCAAGACCAAGAUGGUAUUUUCCAAAAACAAUUACAACAUGAACUCAAUAUAAAUACAACAGCAAUUGUUGCUGCUUAA